AGGGGUGUAACUCAUCAUGUCGAAAGUGAUCCAGAAGAAGAACCACUGGACUAGCAAGGUUCACGAAUGCACGGUGAAGAGAGGACCCCUGGGCGAGUUGGGGGUGACCGUGCUGGGGGGCGCGGAGAAUGGGGAGUUUCCAUAUGUCGGAGCGGUGGCGGCGGCGGCGGCCGAGGCGGCGGAGCUUCCUGGAGGCAACGAGGGCCCAAAGCUGGGCGAAGGAGAGCUACUUCUGGAGGUGCAGGGCAUUCGGGUGUCGGGCUUGCCUCGCUAUGACGUGCUGGGAGUCAUCGACAGCUGCAAGGAGGCCGUCACCUUCAAAGCCGUCAGACAAGGAGGAAAGCUGAACAAGGACCUGCGACAUUUCCUUAAUCAACGGUUCCAGAAAGGGUCUCCUGACCAUGAGCUCCAGCAGACCAUAAGGGAUAACCUUUACUGCCAUGCUGUGCCUUGCACAACCCGAUCUCCAAGAGAAGGAGAAGUGCCUGGCGUGGAUUACAACUUUCUGACUGUGAAGGAGUUCUUGGACCUCGAGCAGAGCGGGACUCUUCUGGAAGUUGGCACCUAUGAAGGAAACUAUUAUGGGACACCCAAACCUCCUAGCCAUCCAGUCAGUGGGAAAGUGAUCACUACGGAUGCCUUGCACAGCCUUCAGUCUGGCUCCAAGCAGUCGACCCCAAAGCGAACCAAGUCCUACAAUGAUAUGCAAAAUGCUGGCAUAGUCCACGCUGAGAAUGAGGAGGAGGAUGACGUUCCUGAAAUGAACAGUAGCUUUACAGCCGAUUCUGGUGACCAAGAAGAGCACACUCUCCACGACACAACGCUGUUGCCUGUGAAUAGUAGCAUCAUUGCUGCUCCCAUCACGGACCCUUCUCAGAAGUUUCCUCAAUACCUACCUCUUUCUGCAGAGGAUAAUUUAGGUCCUCUACCUGAAAACUGGGAGAUGGCCUAUACCGAAAAUGGAGAAGUCUAUUUCAUAGACCAUAACACAAAGACGACAUCUUGGUUAGACCCUCGGUGCCUGAACAAGCAGCAGAAGCCCCUAGAAGAGUGUGAAGAUGAUGAAGAAGGGGUCCACACCGAGGAGCUGGACAGUGAACUAGAACUGCCUGCUGGUUGGGAAAAGAUUGAAGACCCUGUCUAUGGUAUCUACUAUGUAGACCACAUCAACCGGAAGACACAGUAUGAGAAUCCAGUUCUAGAAGCCAAGCGGAAGAAGCAGCUGGAGCAGCAGCAGCAACAACAGCCACAGCAGCAGCAGCAGCAGCAACCUCAGCAGCAACAACAGCUGCAGCAAUCGCAGCUGCCGCAGCAGCCUCAGCAGCCACCGCAGCAGCCGCAGCAGCCGGAAGGCAAACCUUUUUUUACACGAAACCCUUCUGAGUUGAAAGGCAAGUUCAUUCACACAAAGCUACGGAAAAGCAGUCGUGGUUUUGGCUUUACCGUUGUUGGGGGGGAUGAACCUGAUGAGUUUCUGCAGAUCAAGAGCUUGGUCCUCGAUGGUCCUGCUGCGCUGGAUGGCAAGAUGGAAACAGGAGAUGUAAUUGUCAGUGUGAAUGACACCUGUGUUUUGGGACACACACAUGCACAAGUUGUGAAAAUCUUCCAGUCCAUUCCCAUCGGUGCCAGUGUAGACCUUGAACUCUGCCGUGGUUACCCCCUGCCUUUUGACCCAGAUGAUCCCAAUACAAGUUUAGUGACCUCCGUGGCCAUUUUGGACAAAGAACCAAUUAUCGUGAAUGGUCAAGAGACUUAUGAUUCGCCAGCUAGUCACAGCAGUAAAACAGGCAAAGUCAACGGCAUGAAGGAUGCCCGGCCAAGCAGCCCUGCUGACGUGGCGUCAAAUGGUUCCCAUGGUUACCCCAACGACACUGUCUCUUUGGCCUCUUCCAUAGCCACCCAGCCUGAACUCAUAACUGUUCACAUAGUCAAAGGGCCAAUGGGCUUUGGCUUUACGAUCGCAGACAGUCCUGGCGGUGGCGGCCAAAGAGUGAAACAGAUUGUGGACAGCCCCAGGUGCCGAGGCCUGAAGGAAGGGGACCUGAUAGUGGAAGUGAAUAAGAAGAAUGUGCAGGCUCUGACUCACAACCAGGUCGUGGACAUGCUGAUCGAAUGUCCGAAAGGAAGCGAGGUCACAUUGUUGGUGCAACGAGGAGGGCUGCCAGUUCCCAAGAAGAGCCCAAAGUCGCAACCGUUGGAAAGAAAAGACAGCCAGAAUAGUUCUCAACACAGCGUUUCCAGCCACCGAAGCCUGCACACAGCAUCUCCAAGCCACAACACGCAAGUGCUCCCCGAGUACUCAACUGCAGAGGCCCCGACACCAGAGCAAGCCGACAGUUCUGGGCAGAAAAAACCAGAUCCUUUUAAAAUCUGGGCCCAGUCCAGGAGCAUGUAUGAAAACCGACCUAUGUCACCUUCGCCUGCAUCGGGAUUGAGCAAGGGUGAAAGAGAGAGAGAAAUCAAUUCCACGAAUUUUGGAGAAUGUCAGAUUCCAGAUUACCAAGAACAGGACAUCUUCCUCUGGAGAAAAGAGACUGGAUUUGGAUUUAGGAUUCUGGGUGGCAAUGAACCAGGGGAACCUAUUUAUAUUGGGCACAUCGUACCACUGGGUGCUGCUGAUACAGACGGCCGCCUGAGGUCCGGGGAUGAAUUAAUUUGUGUGGAUGGGACACCAGUCAUUGGAAAGUCACACCAGCUUGUCGUCCAGCUCAUGCAACAAGCUGCCAAGCAAGGCCACGUGAAUCUCACAGUGCGGCGUAAAGUGGUGUUUACUGUCCCCAAGGCCGAGAACGAGGUGCCGUCGCCGGCCUCCUCGCAUCACAGCAGCAACCAGCCGGCGUCGCUGACGGAGGAGAAGCGCACGCCGCAGGGCAGCCAGAACUCGCUCAACACCGUGAGCUCGGGCAGCGGCAGCACCAGCGGCAUCGGCAGCGGCGGCGGCGGCGGCAGCGGCGUGGUGAGCGCCGUGGUGCAGCCCUACGACGUGGAGAUCCGGCGCGGGGAGAACGAGGGCUUCGGCUUCGUCAUCGUGUCGUCGGUGAGCCGGCCCGAGGCAGGCACGACCUUCGCAGGCAAUGCAUGUGUGGCUAUGCCUCACAAAAUAGGUCGGAUUAUUGAGGGGAGCCCUGCUGACCGAUGUGGCAAGCUGAAAGUAGGAGACCGGAUCUUGGCAGUAAAUGGAUGUUCCAUCACCAACAAGUCCCAUUCAGACAUUGUCAACCUAAUCAAGGAAGCAGGAAACACAGUUACCCUCCGCAUCAUCCCCGGGGAUGAGUCUUCGAAUGCCACUCUGCUGACCAAUGCGGAGAAGAUCGCCACCAUCACCACUACGCACACCCCCUCUCAGCCCGGGGCCCAGGAGACCAGGAAUACUGCCAAACCAAAGCCGGAAUCUCAGUUUGAGUUCAAAGCACCCCAGGCAACCCAGGAGCAGGAUUUUUACACUGUGGAACUAGAAAGAGGAGCCAAGGGAUUUGGCUUUAGUCUUCGAGGAGGCCGAGAGUAUAACAUGGACCUUUAUGUCCUGCGCUUAGCAGAGGAUGGUCCUGCAGAGCGGUGUGGAAAAAUGAGGAUUGGUGAUGAAAUUUUAGAGAUCAAUGGCGAGACCACCAAAAACAUGAAGCAUUCUCGGGCUAUAGAACUGAUUAAGAAUGGUGGCCGCAGAGUGCGUCUGUUUCUGAAACGGGGAGACGGCUCGGUACCAGAAUAUGACCCCAGCAGCGACCGGCACGGCCCCGCCGGGGCACAAGGUGUUCCGGAAAUGAGGGCGGGGCCGCCCGAGCGCCGCCAGCAUCCGCCCGCGGAGCCCAGCUACCCACCCGACCUUCACCCAUCCUCACCCCCGGGGGAGAAGCGGGCGCCCGGGAGAGAUGCCAAGGGCAGCAGGGAGUACAGCAGGCCACCCAGCGAGCACCACACGUGGAACGGGACUUCCAGGAAGCCCGAGAGCGGGGCGUGCAGACCCAAGGAGCGGGCGCCGGAGGGGCGCCGGGACGGCGCGGCCGAGAGGACGGCGGCGCCCAACGGGCCCCGCAGGCGGUCCCCGGAGAAGCGGCGGGAGGGCACCCGCAGCGCCGACAACACCCUGGAGAGGAGGGAGAAGCACGAGCGGCGCAGGGACGCCGCGUCCCCCGAGAGGAGGCGCGAGCGCUCGCCCACCCGACGGCGGGACAGCUCGCCCAGCCGGCGGCGCCGCUCCCUCGAGAGGCUCCUGGAGCCCCGGCGCUCGCCGGAGCGGCGCGCCAAGUCCACCGACCGCAGGCGGGUGCGCUCCCCCGAGCGGAGGCGGGAGCGCUCCCUGGAGAAGAGGACCCGGGAGGAGCGGGGCGGCCAGCGGGCCCGGGAGGAGCCGGGCCCGAAGCCCGAGGGCGGCCGGAGUUCCAGGCACCCCCCGGAGCAGAGGCGGCGCCCCUACAAGGAGUGUAGCACCGACCUCAGCAUCUGAGACGCCCCCGCCGGCCUUUUCCGUGUCGAAGGUUCCCGGCGGCGGGGGGUGGGGGCAGCGGACGGGCCCGCCAAGAAUCUCACUCCUGACUUUCUCGAAGCGUCUGGCGGUCCUGGGAAUUAGCAACAGACACUUAGGCGUUUGCGAUCUUCUAAGAAAAAGAUAUAUCUGAAAAGUAUUGUGCCUGAUGUAUAAUAGUAAAGAAAGUAUUUUUAAAUGCAUACUUUUUUUGGGGGGGGAAAUUAUUUGCCAAAUGUUGCCCCCAAGGGAUAUCAGUUUCAUUUCUACAUAAGCUGUAGAACUGGCAAGAAUCGUUCCCUUUCGGGGGGCCAUCUUUUUCUCCUGGUUAAAUGGGGCUGUUGAUCAUUUUCUCUAAGUAAGAAAAAUUAUUGAUUCAGUUGAAUUAAUUUGAUAUAGACUUUAUGUAGUGAUGUAGCGCUAUCCUAUAGUUAGGCAUUUUUCUUAUUGAAAAAAAAAAAGAGCAAAAGGCAAAAGUUAUAUUUGUAAAAGCUGAGGACUCGGGGUGGAUUAGGAUUGCCCAUAAUCCUAAAAUUAUGCAGACUGUAUAAAGAGACUACUAUUGGGAAUGAAGGAUAUUUAUAGCUAAAUUACAUAGCACAACGAAAUGGUAUGUGUUUGUGUUAGAGUUGAUUCAGAAAACAAUCUGUACUCUCCUUGGUCAGAGAAAGGAACAGAGAGGAGAAGGUUCGCUGCCCUGCCUUUACCAGAGCAGCACCAGCAGGAAAAUGGGUAGGUUCAUUAGCAUCACCAAGAUCUAGUAAGAUCUCAUUAAGGCAGUACCUUCACCACUUAGCUCAACCAGUAGAAGGACCGGACAAAAGACACUUGCUGUGCUGUCUUGUCUGAGUUGAGGCUGAAGAGAUAGAGUGGGGACAAUAUGCCCACUGUAUGAGAGCCAUAAAAUUCCCCAGACAUAAAAUAUGUUUCCCGCUUUCAGCAUAAGCCCAUAGUUGCUCUUGCCACGCUGGGGAGGAGGGGAUAAAUGUUGGUGGAAGGAACCUCUCCGUUUUCAAAAGUGAGCAUCAUUUGGAUGCCGUUCUUUAGAAAUGCCCUUUCCUCUUUGAAACCAUCCGAAAUGUCUCCAGGAUGACGAAGCGGGAACGAGGCUGAGCUCUCAGACAUUCUAGAUCUAGUUGGCUAGAUCUAGAGGCUCUACCCUCAUGACACUGUCCUUUGAGUCUUUGGAUGCAAAACAAAAAAUGUGGAGUUUUUUAUUGUUGUUUUCUUUAAAAGACCCACUUGCAGUCCCACAGGUCUGGUUGGGUCAGCUGUAGCCCCAGGAUGGUUGAAAUAGAUUACUGCCUAGCUGAGCCAAAAUGUUUGCUUGUACCUGUUGGAUCACUACAGCAAACUGCUGCUUACAAUGCAUUGUGUAUUUCUGUAGUACUGUUUUGCAUUUUCCAUACAAACACAAAACUUUGCAAGUCAAUCACUGUUGUUCUACGGUACUGUUUUAAAAAAAAAUUUUAAAAACAAAACAAAAAAUGGAGAAAACCAGCCGAUUAUUGUGUGUACAGAGUUUAAAACUGUAAUUAAUAGAGCCUGUUUAAAAAAAAAAUAACUGUUGCCUUUUUUCUUGUAUAAAAGAGAAUUUAUGACAAAAAAUUUAGCUGUGAGGAAUGUGAUAUGUGUUUAUAUUUCUGAAUAUGGAACAAAUUGAUUCAUUGGGAUAUAUUUUAAUGUAAACUAAAUCAGGUAUGUAAAUCUGUUUUAAAAUGGGAGACUUAUAAGUAAUUCUCUAAGCUUUAGUUGAGUUGAGUAUCAUCAUUUCCACCAUGGUGAGACUGCUUGUGAAUUAUUAAGCACUUGUUUGCAUUCUCUGUUCUUCACUCAUUUCUUGCUGUGUGCUAUGGACAUAAUGCUCUUUCUGUAUUGAUGAGAAGCAGUAUGUGGGCCAAUCUUUUUAUAAAACACUAUGCAUAUAUAAAUAUUACAUUGUUUAUAGCUUUAUUUGAUUUGUGGAUUUAUAUGUAGUGUUAGAAUAAAUAGCUGUAGUUGUGUGAACAUUCACAAAACAAGCUCCUUACCUGAACAGACACAAUAUACACUCUAGAACUAAAAAGAAGGAGAAGGUCUGUGACUGCUAUUUUUUAUCAAAAUUUUCCACGCACAGAACACACUGAGGGAGAAUACACCUGAAUAAUAUCAUUUUUCAUCAAUUUCCUAAGAGCUAGUUUGGAAGAUUUAUUCCUAAGACUUCACUGCUAGGAAUUUUCUCACUUAAAAAAUAAAUCUGUAGUGUUAAAUGAUCAAUGUGUUCAGUUAUGGUGUAGAGAGUUAAAUAAAUGAAAUCAAGGUGGAUUUUGGACUAUAUCCUGAGGUCUACAUCUUGACGUCUUUCUUGCUUUCAGAGAUGAUAUUUGACACUUGUGCUACUCACCUGAGCUUGAUCUAUGUGCUAAUAUCCUGGACUCGCCUCAGUUUAUGAAGACUUGGGGUAGUAGUUUCAUCUGAGUUCCACACAUCUGAUUUGCUUUGUACAGGAAAUAUGUAUGCAUUAGGUAGAAAGAUAAUCUCUAAACUACUGUAACAUUAAGUUAGAGACUGAUCUUUGUGAGCCUACUGUCCCUGAUAUCUCACUUCUGGUAAAUGUCUGGACAAGAGAUGAUAAAGAAGUAUUUUAUAUGAUCAACUCAAACCAUUUAGGAAUUCCUUUCCUACCUAAUACACAAUUGACGACUGAAAGAAUAUUGAUGGGAGAACUCCAUUCUCUACUUGUAUUUUUGACUUCUUUUAUGAGAGAUUUUUUAAUGCAUCUUUUACUGUAAAAUUACAUGGAACUGUAUGCAUUCCUUAUCCACCAUUGCUUCUGGAUUUUUUUUUUCUCAGUGUUGUCUCAAAUGUAUCAAGGUCAAGAAAUCAAGUGAGAGAGUCUGGUUUCUAGUGUUUGAUAGAUCAUAGUAUGUUCUUGUCUAUGAGCUAUCAAUAAAC